AUGGGAGCCGCUGUGCCUCGCAGCGGGCUGUCGCAGGAGGCAGGCAGCGUGGAGCAGCUCUCCCUGCACUGCGCCGAGGGCUCGCUGGAAUGGCUGUACCCCACGGGGGCCCUUCGCCUCCGCCUGGCCCCCCGCCUGCCCCCCCCUACCGCCGCCGUCAAAGGCAGGAGCCCCCAGCAUGUCACCGCCUGCGUCAAACCCGCCGGCACCUUCCGGGGGGCUCAGCUCUACCUGGAGAGGGAGGGAGUGCUGGAGCUGCUGCUGCCGGAGGCCCCCCGCCCUCGCGUCCGCUGCUUCAGCUGGCUGCCCCGGGAGAAGGUGGCUCUUUUCCUGCAGGCCACCCCGCACCGCGACAUCAGCCGCCGCAUCGCCGCCUUCCGCUACGAGCUGCGGGGGGACUGGCUGGCUCGUCCGGCGCUGCCCGCCGCCAGCUUCACCGGAGAAGGGGCGUGCCGGCCGUGCAACGACACCGAGAUCCUGAUGGCCAUUUGCACUAGUGACUUUGUGAUCCGUGGCAGCAUCCGGAGCGUCUCCAAUGACGUGGAGCUGCAGGAAUCCGUCAUCGGGGUGAGCGCCGCCCGCAUCCACCGCCAAAAGUUCCCCCUCUUCCAGGCAGGGGGGCGGCCGGGGCGGCCAGCGGGCAGCAUCCGCACCCCGCUGCGCUGUGGCGUCAAGCCAGGCCCCGGCACCUUCCUUUUCACGGGGUGGCUGCAUUUUGGCGAAGCCUGGCUGAGCUGCGCGCCCCGCUAUAGGGACUUCCAGCGCAUCUACGAGGGGGCACGGCGCACGCGCCAGAACCCCUGCGAAUUCCCCGUGGACUGA